CUCUCAGUUCACAAAUCCAGAUUUCAAUACCUACCCCACACAUGUCAGCACACGAGCAGGCACGGGAAGUGCGGCUCGCCUAUCUCCAUACAGCAAGCCGAGCAGCAUUCAGCAUAUGCCCGCAAAUGGCCGCCUACUUUGGCAACCAGUUCCACACGGCACUCGGCCCGACUCGCGUUCCAGACAUGAUCUCGCGCCAGAUGUGUCCGUACUGCGGAUCGGUCCUGGUUGACGCACACAGUGUGUCGCGUGUCAAUAUCAGCAAUGCAAAUUCCCGGCGGAGGAAUACGAAAGGCGGGGCAACUGCCGGCAGGAUCAUCAAGGUCAAGCUCAAUGCCAGCGCACAGACGAUCUCGGCUAAAGCGACCAAAGAGGAGCGAGCCAGAAUUGCCAAGGACCGACGCAACUGCGUCAGCUACAUGUGCGCCAUGUGUUCGUCGCAGAUUGUGUUUCCUGGCGCGUCCACAUCACAGCUCGAAGCUGCUGGGCUGUCCAACGCACAGUGGAGAACUGAGCAGAGGCAGCGGAAAUUGCAGACUGCUGCAGGGACUAGACACGCAGCUGAGGAGCCAAAGCCAGACACCGAGGUGGAGCCCAAGCCCAAACCUAAGCCCACAUACAAUCCUGCUCCAGCCAAGGCACCCACAACAAUGCCAACUUCCAAGAAACAGAAGCACAGUGCUUCUGCCAGCACGCCAUCAGCAAUCGAGCCGCAAUCCAAGAAGCGCAAGAAGAACAAAAAGUCGGGGCUUUUGGCCAUGGUUGCUGCAAACCAGAAGAAGGCGGAUCAGAAGGCGAGCAAUAGUGCACCGGCAUUUAGUCUCACAGACUUCCUGUCCGAUCUUUAGUAUGAAAUAGAAAGUGAAGGUUGGCCCCCUCUUCUACUGUCUGUUGGGAGCCGGAUUGUUCGCGCGGCCGGUAUAUUGUUGUCGCGCAAAUGGUCAU